AUGAAUUCCAAGAAAUCAAAGAAAUCAAAAAAAUCAAAAAAAUCGUCAACAUCAACAACCAUUACUACCUCAGUUUUACUAGGAUUUCCUGAUGGUAAUAUACAAUCAGGCCAAGAUAAUGAUGUAUAUACUACCAAAAUUGGUGGGAGACCAAUUUGGUUAGAUGAGCGUUUUCCAUUAUCGCGUGAUUUGGUAAUGUGUAAAAACUGCGGAAGAGAAAUGGUUCUAUUGUUUCAAGGUUAUAUACCUUUGCCUCUAUCACCUUAUGAUCGUGUAAUUUAUGUUUGGGGAUGUAAUCAACAAAAUUGUAUGAAACGUGAUGGAAGCUCUGAUGAUAAUCAUGGAAAUAAUUCAUUUGUCAAGUUGGGUGAUUUAAUAUUCAAUUCAUCAGAUGAAAUAUUUGGAGACAUGAUCUCAUCCUCAUCAUCGUUACCUGGCGAUAUUAAUAAAGAAAAAGAAGACGAUGUUGAUACAAACUUAUCAAUUGAACUUGAAUCUAAAAUAAACAUAAGUUCUAAUUCUGAAAAUCAUUCAUCAGAAGGUUCAUCAUCGUCGUCGUCGUCAUGGCCGAUUAACAUACCAAUAUUUCCAGCACAAUAUGUUUAUAUAACAGAAGAAUACUUGGAUGAUGAUGACGAUUAUAUAAUUCUAAAGAAAUAUGAAAAAUAUUUAAAAAUCAAUGAAAGAGAUUACAAUCAUGAACUAGAGGGGGAUAAUAAUGAAUCAGAGUGGAUUGGAGAGAAAUACGAGAAAGCAGUAUUACCGAAAGGAUAUGACAAAGUAUUCAAAAUAUUCCUGGAUCGCGUCAACCAAUGGCCUAAUCAAUGCGUGAGAUAUGAAUUUGGAGGUCAACCACUACUAUAUAAUCAGAAUGAUUCAACAGCCAAAUUAUUAUUGUCACCAAUAACAACAGAUAAUAAGUGUAACACAUCAUUUGUAAAACAAUUAAAAACUUCAACGAAUUUAUUGCCAGUUUGCCCAAAUUGUGGAGCAAAGCGCGUAUUUGAAUUUCAGUUAAUGCCAAGUAUUCUAAGUAUUCUACCAGUCAAUGAUAUUAUUAUUAAUAGUGAAGAGGGUAACAAUGAAAUUAAUGAUAAUAAUGAAAUUAAUGACGACAAUAAACAUGAUAAUAAUAUGAAUCAAUUUAAUAUUAGUAUGGGAAUGGAAUGGGGCACAAUAAUGAUCUUUAGUUGUGAGAAAGAUUGUAGCAAAGUUGAAAAAGAUCAAGUGUUAUACUAUGAAGAAAUUGUCCUGGUACAAUAUGAAUUGUAA